GUUAUUAUAUUUCCCACUGCACGCGAACGCAGCGGGAGACAGGAGGUGGAGAGAGGUAGAGGAUGAACGACAGCGAGCGAGGAAGACCCAGCUAACGCCAACACUGUUGGCCUGUCCUCCAGAAACACAGCGAUAAAAACAGAAUUACGGUUUUUAUCUUCAGCUGAGAUGCAGCUCCGCGAACACUUCGUCGAGUGUGUUUGAGACAGCGGAGAUGCUGUGCCGGUAGUUAGCUAGGUUACCCGUAAAGACAAAAGGGCACCUCUCUGAGCAUAAUCUUUGGAUGAGAGUCGCUGUGUAAGCAGCGAAAGCCUCCCGCUGCCGCCUCCUGGCUACAGUAACGGUAGGAGAGGAAGACUGACGCCGCGGCCGACAUGAAAUUCACAGAGCAUCUGUCAGCUCACAUCACCCCGGAGUGGAGGAAGCAGUACAUCCAGUAUGAGG